GGGGGGGCGGUGCUGCUGCGGCGCUGCGCGGGCGCUUCUCUGCCUUGGGCGCAGCCGCAGUGCUUGAUUUUUUCCUCUGAGCUCUGUUCAUGGCGCUGGAUUAGCAGAAUGCUCCACUCCUGACUCAGGAGAUGCAGAAUACAGACAAGGUACUGACAGUGACAAGCAGCCAUUCCGUCCAUACCAGGUGAUUUACUGGCUUUUGACCAGAAUUCUAGUCCAUGGCAAGAAACUCAGCUGAUUAACCAUCUCGAUGCUUGGAAAACUGCUUCUUUGGGUGGAAUGAGAUGUCAUGGAGAAGUAACAUACUGCUGUCUGCUCUCUUAACUUAAUGGGAAAAGGAGUUAAGUGGAAACUUUUAAAGGGAAAUAGAUUUUUUUCCAGACUGAAGCUGAGAACUUGGCAAAAUAACCCACAAAAUGUCUCCUGACUCAAAAAAACUUUUCAACGUACUUAUUUUGGGAAUCUCAUUCAUGUUUAUAUUCACUGCUUUCCAAACAUGUGGAAAUAUUGCGCAAACAGUGAUUACAAAUUUAAACAGCACAGAUUUUCAUGGCAGCGGCUACACAAGUAUGUCCGUUAUUUAUGGAGUUUUCUCAGCAUCAAACCUUAUUUCACCUUCAGUGGUUGCACUAGUAGGACCUCAACUCUCCAUGUUUAUUAGUGGCAUAUUUUAUAGUUUAUACAUUGCAGUUUUUAUCCAGCCUUCUACGUGGAGUUUCUAUACUGCUUCUGUUUUUAUUGGCAUUGCAGCAGCAGUGCUAUGGACGGCACAGGGAAAUUGCUUGACUAUAAAUUCUGAUGAAAACACCAUUGGAAGGAACAGUGGAGUAUUUUGGGCACUGUUGCAGUCCAGCUUGUUUUUUGGAAACCUGUAUAUAUACUUUGCUUGGCAAGGAAAAACUUACAUAUCAGAGAGCGAUCGCAGAACUGUCUUCAUUGCCCUGACUGUUAUCAGUCUUGUGGGCACAGUUCUGUUCUUUCUGAUUAGGAAACAAGAGGACACAAAAGCUCCAGGGGAGGAAGAUUCUGCUAAUGAAAUCCACGGGGGCAGCUCGUCUGCACGAAACAAGCUGAUGAGAGCAGUGGAUGCCUUCAAGAGAUCCAUAAAGCUAAGCUUCACGAAAGAGAUUCUGCUCCUCAGUGUUACAACAGCCUACACAGGUUUGGAGUUAACAUUCUUUUCUGGAGUGUAUGGAACAUGCAUCGGUGCUGUGAAUAGGUUUGGCAGAGAAGAGAAAAGCCUCAUUGGUCUCUCUGGGAUUUUUAUUGGUGUUGGGGAAAUUUUAGGUGGAGGAAUCUUUGGUUUACUGAGCAAGAAGAAUCGCUUUGGCAGGAACCCCAUUGUGAUGCUGGGCAUCAUUGUCCACUUCAUUGCCUUUUAUUUAAUUUUUGUCAACAUGCCAAGCAAUGCCCCUGUUGCUCCUAUGGAAGGAACAGAUGAUGUUGCUUAUAUGAUUCCAAGCAAAGAGGUGGCCAUAUUCUGCAGCUUUCUGUUGGGCCUGGGAGACAGCUGCUUCAAUACCCAGCUCCUCAGCAUUUUAGGAUUCCUGUAUUCUGAAGACAGUGCUCCUGCCUUUGCCAUCUUUAAGUUUGUUCAGUCCAUCUGUGCUGCCGUUGCAUUUUUCUACAGCAACUACUUCCUUCUGCAGUGGCAGCUCCUGAUCAUGGUGGUUGUUGGUUUCUUUGGGACAAUCACCUUCUUUGCAGUGGAGUGGAAGGCAGCAGCAUUGCUUGCCCGUGGCUCUGACUACAGCAGCAUUUGAUCUCAGUUUCCCACACCUAUAAGGAAGAGCACAGGCACAUUUAUUGACAAGUGAUGCAAGAAGGUGGAAGGAUCAAGCUGAAGAGAUCACGACGGAGGAAGCUACUAAUAAAUCACCAGUCCUCAAACUGAACAUGAAAUACAGGAAGAGAAAAUGCUGAGUCUGAAAGGCUUUUUCCUUGCUUUAAUCAGCUGAGUGUGGUGUGCAUCUUCUUAAAAAUCCUGUGUUAGAAAUGGAAGGAAAUAGAGAUCAGUGUAUUGAACAGUUUUGUUCUGAGCCACAUCUGAAUGUAUAAUGGCCUAAUUUCACUGUCAUCCACUACAGAAUUAGUUUUUUCUUUCUCUCCCCAAAUUAUUUUACCUGUAUCCUAGUUCUGCAGACACUUACAUUCUCCCACUGAAUGACCAAUGCUUUUGUGAUGUAUUGCAGAACGCAUCUGUAAAGCUGAGCAAUCAAUUCACAGCAUUGAUAUUUUUUUUUAACAAUUAGAUAUGCAGGAACAUUUCUGCAGGAAAUGUCACCUUAUUCUUUUACCUGGAAGUUCUCAAAUCCUUGUGUAGAACAAUUUGCUUUCCUCAGUCACCUCCAGGACACCAAACCAGCCUUUCAUCCAGCGUCUCCCAGAGUAGAGCUGCAGUGGGGCAGCUGCUGUCACCUUCUCAGGGUAAUGCUGCAUGAAGGGCUGCAGGCUUCCCUCCCAGAUGUCCCAGUGGUUCUUUUCAGUUCACAGAUGGUGAUGAAAGUUUCAGUGAUGGGAAUAUUACCAAAGAUACAUUUUAAAAGUGCAUUUGGAGUCAGAAUGUGAUCUCUAAGAAUCAUCUUGUGGUGUUUAUUCUACUGCAUGGUCUAAAAAUACCUGAGAUGAUUGAUGUCAGCUGUUUCCUUCAGUAUAUUUAGGGAAGACUGUACUGUAAUCUCAUUCUGCCUGAUGUGGAAACAAGCUGAAUGGCAUGGCAACUAAAUUUUAAUCUGGAACGGUUGUAGAUGGUGAUGUCCUGCACUCACCAAGUGCAUCCCACCUUGCUUUUAGCUGUCUGCAUGACAUUGUGUUGCUGUUUUGUUUCCAUCUAGCAGAUAAACACGAUGCAGCUGAAAGCAGAUAAACAACACUGAGCAAGUGGGAGUUUUUUAGACACUCCAUGUAACUAUUCUCAGAAAAGUACCAUUUCCCAAGCUUUUCAUGCACAGUCAGAAUGCAAAUGUCUUGUCAUAUGUUCAAAGGCACGUAAAAAUAUUGGCUUGGAGUAUGCAUUAGUAGCUCCUGCGUGUCGUACAGACAUAGGUGUGCCCAAGGUUAAACUUGGUGAGGGAGUAUGGUGUCUCCUGUGACAUUUGCUGUCACUUCUGUUCUUGCAGAGCAUAUGAAACACUGCUCCCAUGAAGCACAGCUGUCCUCAUGCAUAAUGAGACAGCAGAGAAGGAUUAUUUUAGAGGUAUAGGAGAAGAUUUAAAAUUUGCUCUAGGUUUUCUUGCUAUGAGUUUAGUAAGGUGUUAGUGGGAGGAUUAGGAGGCACCUGAACAACUGGCAAGCAAAGAAAUCUGAGGGCAGCCAGGAAGGCCUUUGUAUAUUUCCAGGAGAUGUAAUGGAUGACGUGGAAGGAUGGGAUGAGGGCACACACUCAGUGAGGUUACUGAAGCCAUUCCAAUUUGUCAGGCAAACUGAGAAAGUGUUUGGUAUUCAAUCACGAAAAAUGAGUAGCAGCACUCAAACCUCUUAUCCACCCCUGUUAUCCUGUAAUGUAAGCGUGCUGUUUGUACACAGAGCUCCAUAAGAUGUAUAGGUGAUAGGAUGCUGGCAGUGGUUACAGUCCUCCUGUUGCUAUGUAUCUGUAUUUUUCUCUCAAAUAUAAAAGGGAUAAAGAAUCUUCUUAAAAAUGCAGGCACUUACUUUCCUCUCUGAUUUGUGAGACUUGUUCUCCCCAUACAGAUGAAUGAGAGAAGGCAAAGCUCGCAGGAAACAACUUUGUCAUUUCUGGGUCUUGUAGUAAUGAAUAACUGAAAGUGACCCUGCUUCAUUUUAGCUAGAUAACAGCUCUCGUGAGGUUACUCCUGAAAUCAGUCUGUUCUAAUGAAUUUGCAUUGUUCAUCUGUGGCAUAAGAAUUAUAUCAACUAUUUUAUUAGAAAUUCAGGAAAACCAGCAAUCUGCUGUGGUUUCAGCAAACGUUUUGAGGCUGGCAAUGGGGGCUACUGAUGAACUGGGUUUUGUGCACACGUGGUGCUUCUGUACAUCAGAUUUCUCUUUGUUUCCCUUUCCCUGUUCCGUUUGCUCUGACUCCAUGACAGAGAAUGCCAUAAGGCUGUUGGGGGCACUGAAGUAUCAUUGCUCUGUGACAAGUUUUACAAGACAUUGAGAGAGAUAAAUAUCUCAGUAUGUAUUUGCUGUUAACUGUAUGACUUUUAAACUUUGGAUCUUAAGGGAAGGUUUGCAGCUGAUCAAGCCAUGACACACGAUUGUUUCUUCACUUAUUUCUGUGAUUUACUGAGUGAUUAAAAAAAAUCCACACAGCUGUA